AUGGAAAAAAAAUAAGGAGCAGUAAAGUAAAUAGUAUCCUCGAAUUGUGUGUUAAUAUCUGGACCAAUUAAUAAUGAGACAGGAGUGCCAAUGACUAAAUUCUUGACUUUGUAAGGAAUUCAGGCACCAGAAUUCUCAUUGACUGAUAAGGAGAAUCCAAAAUAAGAGCCCUUUGGAUUUUUAGCAAGGGAAUUCUUGAGAAAGUAAGUAUUAGGAUAAUAAAUUGAAUUCACAAUCGAACACAAGAUCAAAGACUAAAAUGAUAAAGUCAUUGGUAGAAUCUUUAAAAAUGGUCAAGAUAUUGGGGAAUUGUAAUUAAGAGAAGGAUUGGCCCAAUUAAGACAAUAAGGAAAGCCAAGUCAGGAAUAUGAGAAUGCAUAAAAUUUGGCUAAAUAGAAUGGAAAGGGUAUAUGGUCAAAGAGAGAAGAAUUAGUCAAAUAUAAUAAAAUUGAUUUGAAGGAUGUCAAACCUAAAUAAUACACCUAAUGUUUUGUUGAAGAUGUACAAGGAUUGUUUGUAUUUUAUGCUUACAUCCCAGAAUUACAAGGCUUAGUGAAAUGCUCAUACGGAGAAGUCUUUAUGCCAACAUCAGUUUCAUAAGUGUUGUAAAAUAGAGCUAAAUGGACAAUCUAAGAGUUGAUCCUCCAAUAAGAGGUCACUUUGACAGUCCAAGGACAAGAUGAAAAGUUUUAGUCUUUGAGAGUAGAUAUCAAAAAGAAAGAUUUAGAUGUAAAGAAAGAACUUGUGAGUUUGGGAUACUUUAGAUUAUCACCAAAUGCAUUUUAAUUAAAUCAUGAUCAAAAGAGAUACAAUGAAUUGAAAGAGACUUAAAGUCAAGCUGAAAUCAAAUUGAUUGGAAUAUGGAAAGAUGCCCCAUGAAAAUAUUAACAAUUAUAAUAAGCAGUUGUCUUGUAAGGAGGAAAAUAGACAUAUUAAGCCAAAAUUA